ACAAUAUUUGGCGGACGAAGGGAGUAUGUUUUUUCUUGUAUACCAACACAAAUAUCGAGUAUUGAAGGAAUUCAUAAUAAAAAAUUGAAGAUUCCGAUUAAAGAAAGACAAGAGCAAGUAGUUAGUACUACUCCAUUUCAUCACCCAAUUUGUGACUCAUCCCCAAAUUAGGAGUAAAACUUUUUGGUGACAGACUGAGACUGACAUGGCCGGCGACGAAGAAACCCCGCCGCUGCUCAUCCUCCACCACCUCCCCAACUUCAACCUAUCGAUCUUCCCUCUCCUCCGCUCCAAAUACACCGUCCUCGACCCGCUCGACGACCCGCCCCAUCCCUCAUUCCAGGUACUCUCCAAGGCCGCCCGCCUCAUGCUCUGCACGGGGCCCACGCCCGUCACCGCCGCCGUCCUCGACACCUACCCCUCCCUCCAGUGCGUCGUCGGAUCCAGCGCCGGCGUCAACCACUUCGACCUCGCCGCCUGCCGCCGCCGCCGCCUCCGCAUUACCUGCGCCGGAGAUUCCUUCUCCGACGACGUCGCCGAUUACGCCGUUGGCCUCGCUAUCGAUGUGCUGCGCCGGGUCUCCGCCGCCGAUCGGUUUGUGCGGGCCGGAUCUUGGCCCGUUACGAAAGAGUAUGGGCUUGCCUCAAAGGUGAGUGGAAAAAGAGUUGGAAUAGUCGGAUUAGGGAGCAUAGGUUCAAGAGUAGCCAAGAGGUUCGAGUCAUUCGGGUGCACCAUCGCCUACACCUCCACAAAAAAGAAACCAAACAGUCCCUACACUUUCCACGCCAACGCCGCCGUCCUCGCAUCCAACGCGGACAUACUGGUCGUCUGCUGCGCCCUCACGGACGAGACGCGCCACCUCAUCAACACCGAGGUCAUGGCAGCGCUGGGGAAGUCGGGCAUAAUCGUGAACGUGGGGCGCGGGGCGCUUGUGGAUGAGAAGGCCUUGGUAGAGAUGGUGGUGAAGGGUGAGAUUGGGGGUGCUGGUUUGGAUGUGUUCGAGCGGGAGCCUCACGUCCCGCGAGAGCUCUUUGCGCUGGAUAACGUCGUCUUGUCCCCGCAUCAUGCUGUUCUAACACCGGAGUCGUUGGGAGCCAUUGAGGAUCUUCUACUUGCUAACAUUGAAGCUUUCUUCUCCAACCAGCCUUUAAGGGCUGAGGUGCAGCUUCAGUCUGAUUCAUGAGACACGAUGGAUGGAUGUGUGUUGAUGCUACUGGAAUAAAGGAUGCAUGAACUGAAAAAAAUGUAUCCCUUCAUCAACAAAACAGUCGCUUAUUUUGUCAUUUGGUACAUCGCUAUUCACCUCUUCUUUUUUUUAA